ACCUUGAGUGUAGAGAUGAAGCACACAGUUUCGCGCGACUUUUAAUCUGAUAUAGACGCGUAGUGUCGCAUUUGUUGAUAAAUAUUAGUAUAUAAAUUUAUGUGUUUAAUUUACUUUAAUUAUAGUAUUGUUAAGAAUGGAACUUUUUGAUAUAUUCUUACAAAUUGGAUUAGCAACAUCAGUAUUCGUUGUGUACUUAAUAUUCUUUAAGAAACGAAAAUCACAAAAUAAAGAAAAUUAUAGGCAGCCAGGUUAUUGGGAUGAAGAAGGUAAUGCUGCUUUUUCUCCCGGUAAAUGUAUAUCGGUCACGCAGACGAAGUCGCGGGCACAUCUUGUAAGUAAAAAAUACGGAUGGAAUUACAUUCUUAAGUUGUGGUUAUCACGGUACUAUGCAGUGGGUCAUUGGAAGGCCCAGUGCGUGCCUGUACCUAUAAGCGAGUUGCCUCGCGCUGACUUGCACGACGGAUGGGACUCUAUCGACGUGCGCGCCACCAGCACGGAUGGCGCCGCCGUGCUGCUAGGAAUACGUAAAUUGUGCGGCAGGCGACCCACUGCAGAAGUAACUGUGUACGUCAAGUUACCGGAUGGAUCCAGUUAUAGAUUACCAAGACAUCCAGACAGUAUAAUAUGUCACUGGGAGGACACUGAAGGCGCUUGGAGCGCUGGUGGACUGAAGAUCCAGAUCCUGGAGCCGGAGACACGGCUGAGGAUUAUAUUCAACGGACUCUUGACUUCAGUCGAAGACGGCAUCACACAGCAUGUUAACUUUAAUUUUAUAUGGAGAUCUGGAACAAACGUUGUACGACAUCCUGAGGACUGGAGCACAGAGCUCGCUGCACAAGCAUUAGCUUUGGAGCAGUGGCGAGACAACGAAUGGCACUAUUUACUAGGGAAAUGGGAGGAGGGCGGUUGGAUGCAAGGUGGUGUUGUACAAGGCCGCUUCCAAUCCUUUGACCAGCAAGGUAUCCUGCAGAAGGACGAGUAUCUCCGCCUGCGGGGAGUCAGAGAGAGAAGUUGGGCGCCCAACGGAUACGAGGGUCGGAGGCGAUCCGUCACCGUCACGGCAUCGUCUAAGGACGGUACUCUGGUGCACCUUCGUGGAAUUUCAUAUAGAAAUAUUUUGACACAAUGCAUAUCAGGACACGUCAGAUUCCCAAACUUCAAAGUGGAGACAAUAAUCAAUACAGACUUUGUACUAAAAGACUUCGCUGAAACUAUCGCCGGGAUACCGAAGGUUUACACUAUAAAUGUGAGCACUAAAAGCUACACAAUUCGCAUAGUGCUACGGAUUAACUCCGAUGGCGGUAAACUGCUAAGUGGAGUCCCGUACCAGCAGGAGUUAGAGUAUCGUACUUUGGUGGUCGAUAUCGACGAGUCGCCCGGCUCGGGCAUACUUGAACUUGGCUAUGAAACUUCAGUUAUAUCGGAGCCAGUAGUGCGCGUGUCCCCGCCGCGUGUCCUCCGAUGGCUCAGCGCGAGCGAUGCGGGCUCGGUGGGCUACUGUCUGCCGUUCGAAGCGCGUGCAGCCGCCUGUCCCGACUACGUCGGCGGCAAGGGCGCCUCGCUGGCUUUGCUCGCUUCCGUGCAGGAUGCUGAGGGCUACAAAGUGCCACCAGGAUUUUGUUUAACUGUACGAGCUUUGGAGAAACAGCUCGAAGCUAAUCCCACACUACUGGCGGCUAUUCGAGAGAUCGAGGCCGCUAAUGAAGACUACGACGAGACAAAUUUUAAAGAUAAAUGCACAAAGACUGUAGAAUUAUUUAUUAAUACAGAAAUAACUCCAGACGUAAGAAAUGAAAUACUCAAUCACCUAAAGGAGCUGAGAAAUGUAACUACGAAACAAAAUUUGGAGCAACGAUUUGCAGUAAGAUCUUCGGCUGUGGGUGAAGACAGCGAGACGCUGUCGGCGGCCGGCCAGAAUGAAACGAUCCUAGGUUGCACGAGCGAUGAGCAGGUAGUGCGUGCGGUGCAGCAGUGCUGGGCCUCCAUGUUCGCCUUCACCAGUGCCUACUACCGCAGGCAGAACGGGCAGCAGUGCGUGUGUGGCGGCGGCGUGGUGGUACAGGCGUUGGUAGUGGCGCGCGCUGCCGGCGUCAUGUUUACACGCCAUCCCGAUCGUGGCGACGCCUCGCGUCUCCUAAUCACCGCUAACUACGGUCUCGGUGAGACUGUUGUAUCGGGAUCAGUCGAACCAGAUACAAUAAUAAUAAGACGAGGUCAAGGAGGUGAUCUUAAAAUCAUGAAAAUCGAAUUGGGCUCGAAGACACAGCGAGUGACGACCGCCAGUGAUGGGGUCACCACUGAGGAUGUACCGGAAACAGAACGUGGGGUUGCGUGUAUAUCUGAAGCUGAAAUGUUGAAGUUGGCCCAGGUUGGAGUGGCCCAAGAGGAACUCUGGGGAGCUGGCAGGGAUAUCGAGUGGGCAUUUGCUGAUAAUGGUUUGUAUCUACUGCAAGCGCGACCCAUCACGUCCCUGGAGCGCUGGACGGAGGAGGAACUGUUGCACGAACUGGACACGCCGAUUAUGUCUGACGAAGAUCUUACCACCUUCGCUAACACUGGUGAGGUAUUCCCAAAACCAGUGACUCCAUUGACCGCUGACCUCGUUAUCAAACCUCUGAUUGCUGGCAUGAAUAAAAUGAUUAGUACAGAUAUGGAGCCACACGAGGACACCCUGUUAAUUACUCACAACAGAGUAGCAAUAGCAGAAUACAGUACAACUUAUCGCCGAGUACCUAAAGUAAUUAACACAGGCGUACGUAUGGUUGAGAUAGCUCUCCAUGGAAAAAAGAUUGCUGACCAGAACAUGUACGAUAUAGCGUUACGUCGUCGACCACCUAAAUGGACCUACAGAAUUGGACUAUUUAGAAUGCUUUUAAAGUACCUCAUUAAUUCGAAAUGGAAAAUGGACGAUAGUGUUAAAACAGCGAAUAGAAUGAAUAUAGUAAUGGACAGCGAUGAACUCCUGGAAACGUUUAAGAUUCUGCUAAAGGAAUUGGAUACAAUGUAUCGCUUAUCAUUGAAUCACAGUUACACUACUGCUGCUAGUACCUCUAGUCAAUACAUUGCAAUGACUAUAUUGUUGGAAGGUGCCGCAGAUUUCACAACAGAACAUUUUAACGAAAUAAACAUACUUCUUAAUUCCGGAGAAGUACUAUCUGCCGAAGUACCCUUAGGUUUAGCGAAAUUGGCACGUCAACUGGGAGGUUCGGGGAAAUAUGAUCAAUUCAAAGCACAGGACCCUAAAGAAGCUUUCGAUUGGUUGAUAGCUAAUUUACCUGAUAUACACGCGGAGGUGCUAGAGUUCUUGAAAGAACAUGGUCAUAGAGCCAUUAUGGAGUUUGAUAUGAUAACUAAACCAUGGGCCUUGGUUCCUGAAGAGUUGAUGAAAAUUCUUCAAAAUAUAAAAGUAACCGAAAAAGAAAACCAAGAUAAGAAAUCAGAUUCUGAAAUCAUAGCUUCACUAACUACUCCAAAGAAGCCCCGUACCAGGAAAGUAUUGUCAUGGAUAUUACCACUGUGUCGAUGGACAGUACGUCACAGAGAAAGUACCAAAGCGCAUCUAAUUUUGGGCGUCCACAAGUUGCGGUUAGCGGCUAUCAAGCUCGGCAAGGAGUUGGUCCGCCAUUGGUACUUACCCCACCAUGAUCUCAUAUUCUUUUUCCGAGCUAAUGAGUUGAGGGACUACAUAACUAAUAGAGACCCCGCAUUAUUGAGAAAAGCAAUGCAGCGCCAACAAUACUAUUCAAAAUGGUGUAAGCUUAAAUACGCGGAAAUGAACACUGGAUGGAUACAUCCCCUACCGGUGAAUUCUCCUGUAGUGACGGCUGGAGACGUGAAGUUGGAAGCCACAUCGGUCUGUGGGGGAGAGGUUAUAGCCAGGGCUUGUGUCGUUAAAGAUAUUUCUGAGAUCCAUGAGCUGCAGCAAGGUGACGUAUUGAUAACGCAUGCCACCGACAUCGGCUGGUCGCCCUACUUUCCGCUCCUGACAGGGAUUGUCACAGAGCUCGGUGGUCUCAUAUCACACGGUGCGGUCAUAGCUCGUGAGUACGGUUUACCCUGUAUUGUAGGGGCUGAGGAUGCUACAGACAUUUUCAAAACAGGAGAUAUGGUUAGACUUUCAGGCACCAAGGGACUGAUCGAAAAGGUGCAAAUGAACAAAUCUGAAGAAUAUCAACGUUGAUACAGCAUUGAAAUACUGAAUUGGAAUUGCACUACAAUUUCGCCAACCAUCUUGUAAUUCUAUUUAAUUAAAAUGUAUUUUAAAUUGUGAUAAUAAAAGGUAUUUAUUAAGUUAGUAA